UUGAAGGCUCUGUGCGCAUGUGCGAAGGUGUCCAAACUGACAAUGCCAGGGAGAUAGCGUGUGCGAUUCUCUGAAAUCACUACCAACGCCGACAGACAACAUGAGAUCCAAGGCAAGGGCGAGAAAACUGGCCAAAAGUGACAGUGAAGUGGUUGAUAAUAUGUAUGAGACAGAUCCAGAGCCACCGGCUGGAGAGAGUGGAGGAGAAGAAACAGAAGACAGUAUAAUGUCCCCGAUUCCUGUGGGUCCGCCAUCUCCACUUCCCACCAGCAACGAAUUCACCCCAAAAGAAGGGUCCCCAUAUGAAGCCCCUGUCUACAUUCCAGAAGACAUUCCAAUCCCACCUGACUUUGAGCUAAGGGAGUCUUCAAUUCCUGGCGCUGGAUUAGGGAUAUGGGCCAAGAAGAAACUUGAAGUGGGAGAGAAAUUUGGUCCUUUCGCCGGAGUUCAGAGGGGGACAUUGAAAGAUCCAAAUUUUGGAUGGGAGAUUGUUGAUGAGCUGGGGAAUUUAAAAUUCUGCAUUGAUGCGAACCAGGCUGGAAGCGGGAACUGGCUGAAGUACAUCUGCUCAGCGCACACCUACAACCAUCAGAAUUUAGUAGCUUGUCAGAUUAAUGACCAGAUUUACUAUAAAGUAAUUAAAGAGGUUAAAUCGGGUGAUGAGCUUCUUGUUUUUAUGAAGGACGGUGUCUAUCCUGAUGGGACAAUGCCACCAAAUCUUGAUGAGGAGCAGAGGUACCGCUGUGGGGACUGUGACGAGCUGUUCCGCUCGAAGGUGGCACUGCGGCGGCACCAGGCGUAUGCCUGCAACAACGCCAACGCCAUCUUCACCACCAUCAACGAGGAGUUCAAGCAGGGCCAGCUGGACGAUGGGCAGCUGCACGAAUGCAAGGACUGUGACCGCAUAUUCCCCAACGAAUACAGCCUAGAACAACACAUGAUAAUUCACAGUGAAGAACGUGAAUAUAAGUGUGACCAAUGUCCAAAGGCCUUCAAUUGGAAGUCAAACCUUAUUCGCCAUCAAAUGUCACAUGACAGCGGAAAACGCUUUGAGUGUGAAAAUUGUGAUAAGGUAAGGUUGAAGGUGUUCACCGAUCCAAGCAACCUCCAGCGGCACAUCAGGUCUCAGCAUGUGGGAGCUCGGGCACACGCUUGCCCUGACUGUGGGAAAACCUUUGCCACGUCUUCUGGAUUAAAGCAGCACAAGCACAUACACAGCAGCGUUAAACCAUUCACCUAUAGGAGGCAGGGACAAGCAUGGACACAGAGUGAUGGUGAGGUCUGUCACAAAUCCUACACUCAGUUCUCCAACCUCUGUCGACAUAAAAGAAUGCACGCCGAUUGUCGGACACAAAUAAAGUGCAAAGACUGUGGUCAGAUGUUCAGCACCACCUCCUCGCUGAACAAGCACCGUAGGUUUUGUGAGGGCAAGAACCAUUAUAACCCCAGUCCAAUGUUUCAUCAAGGUCUACCACUCACUCCGAGUGCCAUGCUGGACAAGUCCAAGCCUACAUCCUCUCUCAACCACGCUUCCUUGGGCUUCAAUGAUUAUUUCCCCUCGCGCCAACACCCAACGGGAUUGCCCUUCUCGCCCACAGCCACGUUUCCAGCUCUCGCUCCAGGCUUCCCAGGCCUUUUCCCCCACUCGCUCUAUCCCCGAGCUCCUGUGCUACCAAGCAACGCGUUGUUGAAAGGCUGCUUAAAUCACGAUAUUGAUGCAAAUGUCCAGAGCCACAUGGGGAACCCCUCCGUAUCACAAGCAUCAUCCUUGGUGUCUUCCUUCAAUGACAGGGACGCCCCUUUAGAAGGGAAAAACAAUGUUCGAUCUGACAAUUGUUUCACUGAGAAAAACAAGGUAAAAAACACUGACUUAUCGGAAGGUAGUGACUUUGAAGACAUCAAUACAACAAGUGGGACUGACCUGGAAACAACGACAGGCACUGGGUCUGAUUUGGACAGUGAUGUGGAAAGCGAUGGAGAUAAAAAGAAGGAAAAAGCCAGUCUGUCAGCCAAAGGAACGGAGAACGUUACUUCAGUCUCCCUCAACACGAACAACGAAAUCGAUGAACAGGCGCAGUACCUUCCAUCCCAACAUUCCUUCUUCCCCCCUCCCGAUGAACAGAGCCUCCCGACCAGCGCUGCUAACGAUUCCAUUAAAGCUAUCGCUUCCAUUGCGGAGAAAUACUUUGGCACAGGUUUCAUGGGGAUGCAAGAGAAGAAAAUGGGAUCACUUCCAUACCACUCCAUGUUUCCGUUCCAGCUCUUCCCGAACUUCCCACAUUCCAUAUAUCCUUUCACGGACCGAAAUCUUAAUUCCAAUCUCCUGGUGAAAAAUGAGCCAAAGUCGCCAAGAGAGCACCAGAAAAGUGGCAAUGCCAGCUCCGAGUCGCCCUUUGACCUUACCACCAAACGGAAAGAGGCAAAGCUCCUCCCCGCGUCUAAGCUUAUAGUGUCCACGCUAUCUGGCGAGGAGCAACCCUUGGACCUGAGCAUCAGUGGCCGCAGCCGGGUCAGUCAAAACGGCCCAGGAGAGCCCAGGAAGAACCACGUGUUUGGUGAACGCAAAAUGAUGAUCAAUGAUGAGCUCCCCAAGGUGCCGCACCAGCAACCCUUCCAUUACGCCAAGCCAUCGCCCUUUUUCAUGGAUCCCAUCUACAGCAGGGUGGAGAAAAGGAAAGUGAUGGAUCCUCUGAACUCAUUGAAGGAGAAGUAUCUGCGGCCAAACCCACUGCUGUUCCACCCUCAGAUGGCUGCUAUGGAGACCAUGACGGAGAAGUUGGAGAGUUUUGGUACAUUAAAAAUGGACACCAUGGGUGCUCUGCAACCCUCUCCACACCAUGGCUUCAACUUCCGAUCACCCCCAUCCACCAUCUCAGAUGCCAUUCUCCGCAAAGGGAAGGAGCGUUACACGUGCAGAUACUGUGGGAAGAUCUUUCCAAGAUCAGCAAAUCUUACUCGGCAUCUCAGAACGCACACAGGAGAGCAGCCUUACAGGUGUAAGUACUGUGACAGGUCAUUCAGCAUCUCCUCAAACCUGCAAAGGCAUGUUCGCAACAUCCACAAUAAAGAGAAGCCAUUCAAAUGCCACUUGUGCAACCGUUGCUUUGGGCAGCAGACCAAUCUGGAUCGCCACCUCAAGAAACACGAGAAUGAGAGCAUCCCAGUGAGCCAGCAGUCUGGGGUCUCAUCCAACCACCUGGGCACCAGUGCAUUUUCCCCCAACUCCGAGUUAGACAACACUGCACUUUUGGAAGAGAAGGAGGAAUCGUACUUCUCGGAAAUCCGGAAUUUCAUUGGGAACAAUGACCUCAGCCAGGCUUCCAGUUCAGCAGACAAAAGGCACGAGGUGCAAGGUGGUCACCAGCAGGCUAGUCAUCCGCUGACCAAGCAGAAAAUGGAGGAGGUUGAUGAUGAGGAUGAAGAGGAGGAGCUGGAGGAAGAGGAGGAGGAGGAGGAUGAGAGCAUGACAGAGAAGUCCCAGGAUGACCCAGUUUCACCGAAGACUGAUCCCACAGUCUCGUUCCGCGAGAGUGAAGAGGAACGCCCAUCCCCGCUUGCCCUGGCGUACGAGCAGACCCACCGGUGGGUAUCACCCAGACAUGUCUUACACAUCCCCCUCGUGACAAAGCAUGCUGCCCUUCCCCACGAAUGCUUGGUGUAUCACGUAUGGACUGAGAAGGUCCACAUGGUGUUGGGGCCAUCUCAUGGGGUGCUGUUUCCAUUGGAAUCGUACUUGAUUUAAAUCUGGCCCUUUCAUUCCACUUUGUUUUGUAAUCUGUAUGGAGCGAUACGGGUUGCUGUUACCCCAUCACACACCAUGUGGAGAAUAAUUCAGUGUAGAGUACAGGAGGCAUUCAGCUCACUGGCACGUCCCUCUGUGACCACUGAACAGUUUCUAGUACAAGAUUAAACUCCCUUGCUACCCAACUCCAGCAAUAAACUGAACAAGCUUUUGGAGACAUCACAUGCAAUAGUGACAGUUAGAACUGGAGUGAUACCACAUACUGCAUCUCAUUCUAGUCACAACCAAGUCUUCCCUUUUACUGGCCUUGCCUCCACCAAGUUAGAGGAUGUCUUUAGGUGUCAUCAGCAACUGUCGUAGGAUGAC